AUGAGACCCGAUAUCAAGGACCGGGACUACCUAUAUCGGCUCAUUAUCAGUCAACUCUUCUACGACGGCUAUCAACAGCUCGCGCUCACGCUCUCCGAGAACAUUGGCUGCUCGGCGAACCCGCCUGCGCCGUGCGACAAGCUGUUCCGGCUGAUCUCGAUCGCGAAGGAAUUCGACGAGGCGGAACGGGAUAAGGAGAAUGGGAUCCAGUUCGACUCGGUCUCUGCCGGCCUCGACCUCGAAUUCGACGCCGACAUCGUGCCGGAGGCACCCGAGCCGUGCAUGUACGAGACGAUCUAUUUGACUUCGCACAAGGCGGCCGUCCGGUCCGCGGCUUUCAAUAACGAUGGCGCACUGUGCGCGACCGGCUCCGUCGACUGCUCGAUCAAAAUCAUGGACGUGGAGCGGAUGGUGACACGCGAGAAUCGAGGGGAGAGCGUUGAGGGCGGGCCCGACGCUGCACAUCCCGUCAUUCGAACGCUCUACGACCAUAUUGACGAAGUGACCGCGAUCGCCUUCCAUUCUCGUGAGCAAAUCCUGGUCUCUGGCUCCAAGGACAUGACAGUGAAGCUGUUCGACUUCUCCAAGCAGGCCGUAAAGCGGGCAAUGAAAACGAUUUGCGAAGUUGCUCCAAUUCGGUCAAUUUCGAUGCAUCCCGGCGGCGACUAUUUGCUGGUGACGACAGAUCAGCCCACGAUUCGCCUGUACAACAUCAACACGCAACAAUGCUUUGUCAGCGCGCUGGCCUCGGAUCAGCAUAAAGACAGCGUAGUGGAUGUCAAUUACUCGGAAAACGCUCGGCUGUACGUCACCGGGUCGCUUGAUGGUGAUGUAAAGAUCUGGGACGGCAUCUCAAAUCGCUGCGUCGAGACGUUCGCCCGAGCGCACGACGGUGUCCCGAUUUGCAGCGCGAGGUUUACAAGGAACGGGAAGUACAUUCUGUCGGCGGGCAUGGACUCGAUUGUGAAGCUGUGGGAGCUGUCGACGAAUCGCUGCCUGAUCGCCUACACCGGUGCCGGCGCCACCGGGCAUCAAGAAAACAGCAUUGGUGCCUCGUUCAACCACAAUGAAGAUUAUGUGCUGUUCCCGGACGAGAAAUCGGGCAGUCUCUGCUCGUGGGAUGCCCGCAAUUCGGAUCGCAAGCGGCUUCUGGCGUUAGGACACGCGGGCCCUCCACGAAUCCUCGUCCACUCGCCAACAAUGCCCGCCUUCGUCACCGGCUCCGAAGAUACGAGAGCGCGGUUUUGGUACAAAAAGCCGCAA